AUGACUACUGAUACCACGGCGACACCGCCAAGUGAGCAAGAGAAGCCUACAGCUGUUGAUGUUGAGAAUGUCGCGUCGACGACACUGUCCAAUGUCGGGACCGGGGCUGCUGUUGAUGCUGAGCGUAAUGCGCUCUUAGCUGCUCUGCCUGAUCCUGAUGAGGGCAAGAGUGAAGAGGAACGACGCGAGAUUGACAGGAAGCUGGUCUGGAAGGUCGACCUCUGGCUCAUCCCCUGGCUCUCGCUACUCUACCUCCUCUCGUUCCUGGACCGAACCAACAUCGGCAAUGCUCGUCUCGCAGGCAUGGAAGAUGAUUUGGAUAUGCAGCCGGGAGAUUACAACGUCGCCCUCACCAUCUUCUUCGUCAGUUAUGCCCUCUUUGAGCCGAUUACCAACGGUCUUCUCAAGCGCUUGACACCCCGCAUCUUCUUCACGGGCAUCAUCAUCGCGUGGGGUGCUGUCAUGACCCUCAUGGGUGUCUGUCACAAUUACCCAGGUCUCCUGGCAGCCCGUUUCUUCCUCGGUGUCGCAGAAGCCGGUCUUUAUCCUGGCGUCAAUUACUAUCUCGGCUGCUGGUAUAAGUCGUCGGAGAUUGGUGCUCGCGCCGCCAUUUUCUUCUCCGCUGCUGCCCUGGCUGGUUCUUUCGGUGGUCUCCUCGCCGCAGCCAUCGCUAAGAUGGACGGUAUUGGCGGUAGACCCGGCUGGGCAUGGAUCUUCAUCCUCGAAGGUCUCGCGACUGUCGCUGUCGGUGCCUUUUGUUGGUGGAUGGUCUUUGACUGGCCCGACACCGCUCGAUUCCUCUCUCCCGAGGAUCGCGUUCGUGUUCAGCGCCGUCUCAUCCUGGACCGUCAGGGAAGGACCGCUGAAGACUUUGAUAAGCGCCAUAUCUGGGCUGCCAUGAAGGAUUGGAAGACGUACGGUUACAUGGUGAUCUACAUGGGCUCACUAAUGCCACUGUACGCCUUCUCUCUCUUCCUGCCUACCAUUCUCCGAAGUAUGGGACAUGUAGGCACCAAGGCGCAACUCCUAUCGGUUCCUCCUUAUGCCUGCGCUGCAGCCGCUACUGUCUUCGUCGGAUUCCUAGCAGACCGAACCAAAUGGCGUGGCUAUUGUAAUAUUGCUACUGUCUGUGUCGGUAUCAUUGGAUUCACCAUGCUGAUCGCAUCACCUGAUCCGCAUGUCCAAUACGGCGCUGUGUUCCUCGGCGCAAUGGGUAUCUAUCCCACCGUCUCAAACACUGUGUCGUGGGUAAACAACAAUGUCGAGGGUUCAUUGAAGCGUGCCAUUGUUCUCGGCAUGGUCGUCGGCUGGGGUAACCUCAAUGGUGUCGUCUCGUCCAACAUCUACCGUGAGACCCAAAGACCUCGCUACUUUGCCGGCCACGGCACGGUUCUGGCAUACCAAAUCCUAUUUCUUCUAGGAGGUUCUAUCUUUAUGCAUUUUGCCCUCCGAUUAGAGAACCGUCGUCGUGCGAGAGGAUCACUGGAUGCCAAGUAUGCUGCUAUGACAGAUGAGCAGAAGUGGAUCAGCGGUGAUGUGCGUCCUGACUUUAGGUACACUCUCUAG